UAACGAAAUAGUAUCAGUUGAUUAAUUUCCGUAAGGCACGUGUUUUUUGUGUUAUUUAAUCAAAAAAUAAUGUUGAAUUGUGAUAUAAUUGAAAUCGUUUAAGUGAAGUGACGGAAAUAAUUUAGAUUGUAAGAUUUUGAUGUUAUAAAUGAUCAGUCUUUGGUCUGCUGUUUAUGUCAGCAAUGGACUUCAUAAUAGGAGGUUUAGCAGGCGCUGGUGCCACUAUUUUCACGAAUCCGAUGGAUGUCGUCAAAACUAGACUUCAGCUGCAAGGCGAGUUGCGGUCUAGAAAGGAGCAGCCGAGACAAUAUAGGGGCCUCUUCCAUGGGCUCUACGUGAUCGCGAAGGCGGAUGGCGUGCUGGCACUGCAGAAAGGCCUUACUCCAGCCGUGGUGUUCGGUUUUUGUAUGAACUCUGUUAGACUUGGCACGUAUCACGCAGCUGAAGUUCAAGGUUGGACACAAUCAACUGGUUCCGUAAAUGUUCAGAAAGCAGCGUUUUGGGCUGGCGCUAGCGGUUUUAUGAGCGGUUUGGUUGCGAACCCAAUGUCAGUUGUGAAAACCAGAUUGCAAGCCGCGGCGCAUCCUAGUGUAGCGGUUGGGCAACAGCAUAUGUAUACUGGCACAAUAGACGCUUUGAUGAAGAUUUACAAAACCGAGGGCUUUCGCGGUUUCUUUGCAGGCGUCCAUGCAUCUUGUCUUAGAUUAGCAAUUGGUAGUUCCGCACAGCUAACCACAUUUUCAAUACUGAAAGAGCAACUUAUCGCGAAUGGCUUCUGUCAGAAUUCACCAGCUCUUCUAGCCUGUGUCGCCAGCUUAGCAUGUGGCAUCUUGUGUGUCCUAUUGGAAACCCCACUGGACGUUGUCAGUACACGUAUAUUCAACCAGGGUACCUCGUCAAAAGGUGAUCUGAUGUACAAAGGUGUUUUCGAUUGCCUUAAGAAAAUAUUGAAGACAGAAGGCGUAUAUGGACUUUAUAAAGGAUUUGGACCUCUUUAUUUAAGAAUAGCUCCACACACAACAUUGUCGCUUGUUAUAUGGGAUAUGUUAAACAUAACGUUUGAAAAAAAGAGAUAAUAUCAAA